UUUUCCAUAAACAAUUUUUUAAGCUAAUGGAACAGGUGAAUGUGCGGCUGUGAUUUUGCUGAAUGGAUUAAAUAUAGGACUGAUGCACGAAUUUCUUCCCUGUGAAACAGAACUCCCGUAUUUAUGUCAAACUGUUACAGACGGGAAAAACGCUAUCUUGAAGAACGACGUAAAAAACUGGACUAAUGCUGUAAAAAAAUGUUCUUUGAGGGGUUCCUUUGAUGGUUCCUACGACCUCACAAAUCCACCUUCAAGUAGCAUAAAGGCAUGGACAGGAAUAUCUCGACGAAUUAUUAAUCAGUGGAGCAACAGUAUGAUUGAUAGUACCACAGAUCUAUACGACUGCUUAGCGGUAAGCAAAGAUUCGGCAAGCAGCACCGUAAAAAUUCAUGCCAAAACUUGCAGUGAUUUACUUCCUGUUCUGUGUGAACGAUCCGGUAAUACUGAUUCUACUAUUCAGCCUUCUACUGAACUCACUACAAGUGAAGGUGAGACAACCUCAUUUGAAGUUACAAAUUUUUCAGAUGUUACUACAACAUUUAUCCACCAGAAAACCACAGUGUCUUAUCUUUCUUCAUCCCCCCUAUUAUCUGCUGAACAGGAAACCAAACCUAAUGAUAGUAUCGUGCCAGCUAUUGUAGGGGGUGCAGCGGCUGGAGUAAUUAUCAUUUUAUUGAUAGUCUUCAUUGUACUUUAUAAAAGAUUUCAACAAAAGAAUAGCAAUAAAGUAAACCGUCAUAGUUCCGGUGCUGUCUAUAGUGAGAUCAACAAGUCCCGCCAAAAAAGUUCUACUGGUAUAGACGGAGCAGCGGAACAAGACGGUACCGACGACACGUACGACCAUACAGUAAACAGGAAGUCACGCCAGAGUGUACACAGUGUACAGGAAAAUAUGUACGAUCACACAACUGCUCCUCAAAAGGAACCAGCGGAAGAUAAUUUCUACGAUUCAACUUGUAGAAAUACUCAAAAAGAUACCAUUAUUAAUGACAAUGAAUAUGGCUCCGUGAAUCCAGCGACCGGAAAUGACGUGUACAGCCACACCAAUCAAGUAUUCAGUUCUAGUGAUGCAGACGUUGAAAAUUAUGAUAGCAUGAACAAUCUCAAAUAAAACAAAUACAAAUUUUACGAAUUCUUAUUAUCAAUAGAAUACAUUCUAGAAAUAUUUUAUAUAAAGUAAAACAGCUACUAGUAUCUCAAAAUAUUCAAAUGCAUGAUAACAGAUCGUAUCAUUUAAUAUUUCUUGCCUUUUCAUAAGACCUGCGUUCUAUUCGUUCCUUUGCCAAAUACAUGUGUAAUUCAUUAUUGCUCAAGUUUUCCAUCUUAAUGGUGAAAGCUCACUGUAGGGUAAAUCUAUAUUAGAAAAAGAAUUUGUCGUGAUUUAUAUAGACACAUUUUACCAAUAUAGGUUGUUUAUAGCGACUGUUCAUCUUCAUCUGACCUGGUAAAGAAUUUAUUAAUUAGACGUAGUUAUCGUUAUACUGUGUUUUACUGUUACAAUUGCUUGGAAACAUUUUUAGUUCAGUUCUCAGCUCCAGUAAUAAAUCUAAAAUAAUA